UUGAAGAGCGGGAUGCUGCUGACGGGCACGGCGGGCACGGGCUGGCUGAAGAGCGCCGGGUUGGAGGCCCACUCGCGCAGGGCCUUCUGCAGGCGCCGGACGUGCAGCGGCUUGGUGGCCAUGCCCACCAGCGCCAUGAUCUCCAGGAACUCCUCCUCGCCCGCUUCGCACAGCUGCUGCACGUCGUCGCCGCCUUGCUGGAUGAAGGUCUCGUAGUAGCCCAGCAGAUGCUAAGGAAUCGGUCAUACCACUCCAAGAGGGCUGUAGGUGCAAUCAAUCAGCUUCCCACCGUUUCUGUUAUACCAACACACGUGUCCCGCAAUGGCAUGACAUAUGGACCAGGAUGCAGAUCCGGAUCAACAGCAGCAGGAUGAUCCGAGUCAUCCAGGUGGACAGCGAGGAGGAGCUGAAGGAGCUGGAGGAGUUCAACAUGUGGAAUUUUCUCUUCUCCUUCCUGAAGGAGAAGCUGAAUGACACCUGCAUUGAUGUGGAUCUUUACAGCAACAAGACCUGCCUGAAGGUCGAGCUGCUGGAGACAGGCACUACAUAUUGUGUCAUCUUCUUCCGAAGAUUUGACCCUAAACUCUUCCUGGUUUUCUUCCUGGGACUGUUGUUGUUCUUCUGUGGGGAUAUGCUGAGCAGGAGCCAGCUCUUCUACUAUUCGGCUGGGAUAAGUUUUGGCUUGCUGGCCUCAGUGCUCAUCCUCAUCUACAUGAUGUCCAAGGUCAUGCCGAAAAAAAGUCCUGUUUACUUCCUGCUGCUAGGAGGCUGGUCUUUUUCCCUUUACCUCCUUCAGCUGAUCUUCAAGAACCUACGAGAGAUCUGCAAGUCGUACUGGCAGUACCUCCUAGGCUACCUGCUGCUUGUGGGCUUUGUGAGCUUUGGUGUGUGCUACCGAUAUGGCCCACUGGAGAACGAGCGCAGCAUCAACCUGCUCUCCUGGACCUUGCAGCUCCUGGGCCUGUUGCUGAUGUACUCGGGCAUCCAGAUCCGGCCCAUCGCCUUGGCCGUGGUAGUCAUUGCCAUCUGCACCAAGAACUUGGACUAUCCUUUGCAGUGGGCCUAUGGUGCUUACAGGAGAGUACAGAAUGCCAGGCUCGGGCCGAGCCCCCCUCGUCUGCUGACAGAGGAGGAGUACCGCAUCCAAGGCGAGGUGGAGACACGCAGGGCCCUUGAGGAGCUGCGAAGCUACUGCAAUAGCCCAGAUUUCUCUGCCUGGGCUGCAGUCUCCCGCAUCCAGUCUCCUAAGAGGUUUGCUGACUUCGUCGGGGGCGCAUCUCACCUCACCCUGAAUGAGGUCUCUGUCCACGAGCAGGAGUAUGGCCUGGGUGGUGUCUUUCUCGAGGACCAGCUCUUUGAGGAGGAGGACUCCUUUGAUAGGGAUCACACAAGCUACUCACUGUCCCACAAUCACCUGGAUGCUGAUUGAGGUCAGCUGCCCCAGAUCCACAAAGGCAAGGGGCAGAACUGCUAUUGUUAUCUCCAUUUCCCUGACACACGCAGUGCACAUGCACACAGCCCUGCCUGCGGCAUGGGCGAGACCCCCAGCCAGGGGACAGGGAGAGCUGGCUCUCCUGUCCCGGGGGUGCUCCCAGCACCUCGGGUGCCAUCCUGAGCUGGGCCACCAUUAACUCUGCAGUGGAGCCAAACUGGGAGGGAAAGAUAAGGGAAGCUGAUGGCCCACCUUCCCCAGGCAAUUCCUGCUAGGCUGAGGCAUGAAAGCUUUCAACAGCACAGCCUUCAGUGCUGACAGCGGGUGACCAUAAGGUGGCCAGGCUCUGCAGUGCUAACACGACAUGGGACAUUGCUGUUGACAAAGGUGGACUGGAGCUAUCCUAGCUUUUGGUGUGCAUGUGUAUGAGCCUCCUAGGAUGUGAAUCAGAUGGGCAGGGACUUCCCUCCCAGCCCUGCAGGCACUUUAUUGACUCCUGUGAGUGCACUGAGCUCCCUGUCCCUCAGCAUCACUGCUGCAGCCAGCUGAUGAGGAGGCUUAUCCCCACACUGUUACCUCUGGGGUAUGGAGUACAUUCGCCCUGAUGGGAGCAUCUCUGUGCCUGAUGGGAUGUGGAAGGGAGUGACAAGUCUGUCUUAUGUGCAGAUGCCUGUAGAGGGAUGACACGUGCAUGCGAGGAACUUUGGACCUGUCCUUCUGGUGUCUGCGUGCUCAGCAGCUGUCUGUUGCUAGGCUGUCUGUGGAGAGAGUGGCUUUCCAGAUGCGGCAGGGUCUGGGAUGCAGGUGAACUAUUCCCCUUCAUGCUACUGCUUAGCAAAGACACCGAAGGGCUCCGGUGGUUGGGAUGUGACUCUGACUUGGAUCAAAACCCUCGUGGAUACCAAAAAUCCCGAUGCCUCCUGGGCGGAGACAUGGCUCUGCGAGUGCCUCUUGCAGGUGGAGGGGUGUGCAUGUGCAUUACAGACCUCAGAAGGUCCUUAAGUUUUUUUGGCCCCAUGCACAGCUUGCCCUGUCCUCCCCUUGUGGCUGUGAUGUGGCAGACUCUGUGCUGGCAGCCCUACAUCUCUGCUUCCCCAUGCUCUCCUCUCUGCCGAGCAGUCCCUGGCUGAGGACCUGUGAAUGUGCUUCCUUCUCCCUGGUCUGCUCCAUGUUUAGGUGCUUGACAGCUCCUUGCCCACCAACCAUCCUAGACUUCAGCUUUGGAGGAAGUGUGGGGUGUUUACAGAGCCUGAGGGUCCCUGGAGACUGCUCUGCAGCUGGCUUUGAGGCCAUGUCUGAAAAGCAGCCUGGCCCUUAAGCUGGGCUGCUGGCUGUCUUCCAGCAUGUGGCAACACCUGUGCUUCCUCACCAUGGCCUGUAAAUGCCUCUGUGCGAGGUGUUUGUGAUCCAGGUGAGUCUCCCAAGUGUGCUGGGGCCCUGGAGGUACUGUUCUUUGCUGCUGACCCUCUGUACCUGUGGGGACUGUCCCUGCAUGCUCCUCUCCCCUGCUGAUGUGAGGCAGAGAGAUUGACCCUGAUUGUAUUUACUCCUUCCUGCGCUGGGGAAAGGGCUUUGCUCUUUGGCAGCCAGACGCUGUUAAAGGCUGGUCCUCAGCCUUGGCAAAGCACAGACAUGGAGGGGAUGCCUCAGUCUAUGCAACUUUCUAAGCAAUAAAACUGCCCUCCUGUAGCCUUACUGCCCAAGGGGCUGCAUCUGUUGCCCGCAGCCUGGCCUUUACCUUGUCUCAGUAUUAUUUUUUCCCUUUGGCUGUGAGAGGAAGGAGGAAGCAUCCCCAGCACCCUCUGCUGUGUCUCCCUGGGCUGCUCUUUCCAAGCAGCUGUAGCUCUUCUCGCUGUUGGUUUGUUUCUGUGCCAGGUUUGCUCUCCUGCCCUUGCCCUGCUUCUGUCCUCACUUUGGUGUGAGUGGCCUCUGCCAGCAGCCCAGCACACGUUCCUCCCUGUAUGCUAUGGCUCUUUUGUCCCCUCUGUAGUUAACGCAGGUUGAAGAUUGAUUAUUUUUUUUAAUAAAGGUGUAUUUUGUAGGUGA